AUGCGAUCCAACAUCGUUUCCGAGGUGAGAAAUCUGGGGAGGGAUUGAACUUCCUCGCUCCUCUGUUGGUUCAUCACAGCCGUUGAUCUGCCGCUGUUGCUUCUGCUCGGUUCUACCCGGAGAGGGGGUUUCCUCAGAUCCUGGGCAGUGUGUCACCGCUGCCUCCGGAAGCCCUAGUGUUCGGUGUUUUGCGGGGGAGGGCUUGAUGGGCUCGGAGUUGUCGAGCUUUUUGUCAGUAGUAUGUGGAUUUUGAGUGUCAGUCAGACGCUGGGAGUGUGGAGUUCCCCUCCAGUUCCUGAUGUCUCCCUCGCUUGUACAGUCACCGGUGAAUUUUGGCCUGACUAUGUGUUGAUCUCGUUCUCGCAGGCGGGGCUACAGACAAGGCUUGGGCAGUGGUGGGGCGGGAUCACGUUCGUCAGCUCUGGCGUUCUAGUGUUGUGCUCCGCCAUCUACUUGGUGUGCUUGCUUGUGGGCUACGAUUCGUUCCACGAAGUCUGCUUCUUGCCCUCCGAGGUGAUAUCGCAUUUCCAAGGUAAAUUUCUGGUCCAUCAGAAUUUGAGAGCGAAAACUUACCUGUUGUGGUAUUAUCUGUUGGUUUUAGUGGAUGGUCUCAGAUCACGAUUGGAUCGUGUUUUGUGUGCUAUUUUCGCUGGGAAUCGUAGGUUGUGAUAAUUGCUCGCCCGUUACUCACCGGAAAGAAUUGAAAGUUGUACCAAUCUAAAAGCUGCAUUACUAAUUUUGCCAAGCUCAUGAAGUCAAUCUCUUCUCCGUUUUUUUCUGAAUUAUUUUUCUCAAAUCACUCAUUACUUUACCUUUUCCUUGUUGCUGUUUGUGUUAUAAUUUUAGCAGGUUUUACUCGAUAGUUCAUCUCAGCUGACUUUUGGUGGUCCUCUUUUCAUUCGUUUGGUUUGGUAAACGUGGGCACUUUCUGGAUGUCUUACGUUUCUCCAUCCUGACCUUAUUAUGUCUUACAUUAUGGAUUAGAGAAGGGGAAACGUGGAUGCUUCUCUGUUUCUGGCAUUUAAAAAUUCUACAUAACAGGGGAAACCAUAGGAUCAUGGAAUAUAUGAUCAUCUCUGGAAUUCGAGGAUAAAUUUAUUCAACUUAAAUUGUUUAUCAACGUUUUUUUGCAGAAUCUACGUGGUCCUUCGUUAUACCUACUGCAGAUAUAGCAUAGUAUUAGGUAGUUACUGGUCUAAUGAAACAAUUUCUGAUGUGACAUUUCUUGAGGAACUUGUAGAGUUAAUUUUGGACACAGUGUUUUCAGUCUGUCAGGAAAAGUAUCUGGAGGAUUUAUGACUGUUGUGAAAUUAAAUAUAUUUUGGUCCAUGAGAUUUGCUGCAUUUCUCGCCCAUUUUCAGGUUUACUAAUUUAUGAAACUAAGGAUUGAACUGCUCAAAAUUUUCUAUGUUAAUGAUAUUUUGAACAACUAAAUAGGGUUGGGAGCAUAAUGGUACAAUUUAUGAGAUGCUAUGUGUGCUUUGUAACCUGAGAUCAUUCACCGAAUGUUAUUUUUUCCCCCUCGAAGGUUCCUUAUAACGUGUUUUAUUUAUAUGGAUGGUUAUGCCGUGGAUGUGCUAAUUCAAUAAGUGCAAAAUGUAGCAUUCUUCAGGUGAAGUAACACUCCGAACUUUGCGUUUUAACAUGAUAAAUCAUGUGUUCUAUAAGGUACGUGUGGAGAAAGAAAUUAUUCAAAUCGUAAUUAUACAUUGUCUUGUGUCAGUACUGUACUAAAGCUUUUAUACUGCAGAAAUAUUUGAAUGUCAACUUGUAGAUAGAUUAUUGAUCGCAAAUUCUGUUUAUAAUUUAAUCUUGUGGUCUUUCUCUAGGUGUAAUAAUUUUAACGAAAUUCCUUCUAACUCUAUGUCGCCGUGCAAACACACAACUGAAAAACUGUUUUUGUUCCUAAAACUGACAUGCUGUAAUAUUUUAUUUCUAAUGCCAAUAUUUUUUUCCUUUUUCAGUGUACAGAAUUUAUACAGCAGUUCUUUUUCAUGGGUCACUACUCCACGUUCUUUUCAAUAUGUUGGCUCUGGUACCCUUGGGUACAGAACUAGAGAGAAUUAUGGGAUCUGUUCGACUGGUGUAUCUGAUGUUGUUGCUAGCAACUAGCAAUGGCCUACUGCAUCUGAUUAUUGCUUUGACAGUGGCUAAUAACCCCUUUCACCCCUUUCCGUCUCUCAUGAAUGAGUGUGCCAUUGGCUUUUCUGGUGUUCUCUUCUCCAUGAUUGUCAUUGAAACAAGUUUAAGUGGAAUUCAGUCUCGAAGGUUGGUGUUCCUAACCAAAGUGGUUUUAUCAUUUAUCUUGAAAAAUUUCAUCUCUCCCUUGUAUCCUUUUCGUAAAUGAGAUGUCUAUGUCCUGAAAAAUCUUACAAUGCUUCUAUUUUCAUAAAAGAAAUACCGGGAAUAUGCUAUAGUUUUAGACUUACAUAGAUGAUUUACCAGGAUAAAAAUCCUUCGUUGUGUCAAUUUCUCAUUCAAACAUUGGAUAAAUAGUUUUUUGAAUGGGACGUAGAUUUUUGAAGCACGUUUCGACUCGAUUAGUCUCGUUUACAAUCGUAUUUGCAGCAGAAGUAUGUUAAUAAUAAUCAUGGUUCUAUCAAACAUGGAAUGAAGGAAGAAUGGAUGUGAAGUCCGAAAGAGUUUUGCAGAUGUCUAUUACUAAGAGAACUAGACUAUGGCAGAUGUGCAGGAUAGAGGCAUUCUAAGCAAUCCUUUUCAUGUCACUUCACCGAUCCCCUCGUAUCAGUCAUUUUUCUCAAGUAGAGUCAAAAAUUCUCAGGAUGCCUUCUAAUCAUCUCUGGCCAAUUUUAAUUUACUAACUUUUUUUGGAAUUGUGUUGUCUUUUUUUGGUAACACGGCCUUCUUUACCUUGAAAUUGCUGACGGUCCCCCACUAUAGUAAAUCUCAAAACCAACUUUUUAACAGGACUCACAACCUUAUUAUGGCCUGAGGUCAGCUCUCAAUUGGACAUAUCUCUUCAAAUCAAUGACUUUCAUUGCUGAUACCUUUCAUUUCCUCUUGCUUCCUCGCAACCCAAUCUCAAAGUUCUGUUGUUUGAAGAUUAUCUAGUUGUCAACAUGCAUUUGCCGAUUCAUACACUUUGUAAUGUAAGCCUUCUGUUGUGCAGUGUCUUUGGGCUCUUCAACGUGCCUACAAAAUGGUACAACCUUCAGUUGUAUUGGUUACAUUACACUUUACACUAUCGUAUCUUUUUUACCUAUUCACUAACUCUACAUGUUGGGAAACGUCAGGUAUCCAUGGAUUUUGUUGAUACUAUUCCAGUUUCUAGCAUCAAAUGUUUCUUUGUUGGGACAUUUAUGUGGCAUCUUGUCUGGGUUUGCCUGUGCGUGAUCCACCUUUGUUUAUCUGCAAUAUUUAAUUGGAGGAAAGCGAUAAAUUCGGAAGAACCUGAGCUUUUUUUAACUUUUAUUUUCCUUCUUUCAGAUACCUAUGGAAUAUUUCAGUACGUAACACCUGGACCAUCUUUCUAUUCUGCAGUUGAGAGCUCCUCUAUACUUGUGAGUCUCAUUUUCCUUAUCCUAAUAAAUUGCGGUUGCAUGGUUGUUAAUUCCUAGACCCUUUUCAUGAACAUCUGAUACUUGGAGGUUACCAUGUCCCACGCUUACUUCUGAGUAUGGUAUACAUGGUAGAUAUUUAGAUUUUAAUUAAGCACUUAUUAACCUUUUCCAUCAUCAUUGGCUUGGCCUGGGUGAAAGGUCCGAAACACUUGGUGGAUGGUUUCCAGCUUGCGUCACCAUAGAUUUUUCUUCUUAACACAUACAUUGUAAACUAAAUAGCCUAAAUGUUGAUGGUAGUCGGUUUGCCAUCGAAUGAUAAAUCUACUCAGACGACAUUAAGAAUACUGAAAAAAUGUAACAUAAAAAUAAGAUAAGGUUCUAUUCCAUAAGCACGAAGAUAUAAGGCACCGUAAAGAAAAGAAUGGAACAAAGGGCAACCAAUGAGUUCAAACAAAUGCUACAUAGAAAAAGGAAUACUAAAUUUAAAAAUUAUUGAAUGGGUUUUUGCUCUUCUAAAGGUUUCUUCAUUUGGUUAAAUUAUCUAUUCGUCAGAUUUAAACGUCUUCAAUGUAGAUCUUUUUGCACCCUUCUCAUAUACCAGUUCUAUCAUUUUGUGUGGCUUUCCCUUUUCUUGUACGAAAAUCUACCCUUUUUUGAUGGGUAACAAACUUUAUUAAUUUGUUGUCGAUGAUCAUUUUUAACCGUUUUUGAAUUUUUUAAAACGAAAUUUCUUUUUUUCUAUCUUGUUACUCCGACUGUACAUGCUUAACUUUGUCUCCCAUUUCCCUAACUCUUAUCUUAUGAUAGUAGCCAGGUUACCACCAUAAUAAUUCUGUAGGUUAUACGAUCAUGUUAAAGAAACUCGAAAUAAAUUUGUAUUUAGGUUCUUUCUACAAUAUGUAAUUCACAAGGGAUGGUGAGUCUUUUUUGUGUAGUCAUCUUGUCUGAGGCGUCCAGGAUUUAUAUUAUCAAGUGGAGGGACUCCAUAUGGUUCACUUCCUACAUAUUCUAGCAAUAGCACAAGCUCUAGGUACCAUUUUUCCUUUUAAUCCAAUUUUUCAAUUUUUGUUGGUCCAUUAGCACAGCCCUAAUCUAAUGCUGCCAUCAUUCAGCAGUUUGCUUCAAGGAAACGUGUGGAGAAAUCUUUCUUCAUGGGUGCCACAGAGGCAAACUCCGCCUGCCCAGGUGCUGGAAUUGUCCUGUUUAAGAUCACUAUUUUUAUUUUUUGAUGCUGAUGUAGCGCUAAUUUUGUCUGUGUUGCCUUUCCUGUGUCAUUUUUCUGGGUUGUUGUAGGCUUUGAAAAUAUUUGAAUAUGUUAAAUUAUUUGAUAUCUGUGUCACUAGUAGAACUAUUUUAAAUUUUAAAAGAUGCAGUUGAACAGGCAUGAUGAUGAAUUGCGAGAAAUCUCCCUGAAUCCACUGAUACUCAAAACUUGGAUUCUUGUUCAGAAUUUCCUUCUGGGUUGAUAGCCAGUGACCCAAAUUCUUCUGCUAGCAUUCAAACUUUAGAGAGACUGUUAGUUUUCUUGCUUCGAAUGCUCAGCAGAAGAUUGCAUGUUGAUAGAAUGAACUCAAUAGUUGAUAAAAAGUGGAACAGAAAAGUGAAGUUAGCUGUGAUUACGGUUUGACACUGACUGAUGGUUUUUUUCCACGAAAUCCAAAUUUAAGUAUAUGCCUUACAAACAUUUGAUAUGCCGAAUUACCAAAAUUCUUGUUCCCCGUGACUGUAGAAGGAAUAAUGACAGCUGAUUGGUUCAACAGAGAAAUUGUCUCAGGUGAAAUAUCGAGAAAAAGAUCUAUGUGCUUACACUUUGGUGAUCCACAUUUCAAUGACAGAAGUAGAAAGGCUGAGGAUGAGAAAUGACUGUGGAAUUGUCCAGAUAGUUUCGAUGUUGUUGGUAUGUCUUGAUGAUAAUCAAUUUCUCUGCAACAUUUCUGACUCUCUACUUAACCCAAACUAUGGCUGAUGACGGAUUUAAUUUACAUUCCUGGCUUGUGGGUAUUCAUAGGAUAAUAUGUGCAAUCAGGCAAGUUAAAUUUAGCAUUGGCCUUUGGAGUAAAAAAUGUCCUUGGUCUCCCAUACAAAAGUGAAGGACUUGCAACGAAUCCACAGAAGCAUAUGACUUGUGGAACUGUAACAUUUUAACUCUAAUAUAAUUACUACCAUUUUCUGGUUAUCUAUGUAUCUUUAGCUGAAAAGAAAUUAUGUGAUACAGAUGUUUUUAGCGGAAGAACCUUAUUUUCAGCCGAAUGUAAUAAAAAAAAGAGCACUCAUGAAACGUCAAGAAUAAUGAAGUAUUUUUUAUGCAUUAUUAUUUAUGUUGUCUGUACCAGCUGUAAAUUGCCAAAGACCUGUGGUCUCCCUAGAAAGCAACAAAUGAGUUAUUUUACUUCAAUAUUUCCAGUUAUUUUACUUAAAAGACCUGUGAUUUAAUUGCUGUAUGCUUGCAUCUCUUGCCUGUUAUGUUUUAAUGCAAACUUCGUGUGAGUAUAUCCCUUUUUAGAAAUUCUACAGGCACUCUAAUGGCUCUUCAAAUGUCCAUUUAGGAGUCUGAAGACCCCAGAUUUCCCGGAAGGGGAAGGGCACUUGGCUCUGCAAGAAGCCCAUCGCCUGCUACUGAUCCUGAUCAAAGUCUACAGGCUAGGCUCCUAGAUGACAAUACGGCUACCUCUAUUCCCGAAACAGCAGGUCUCGGUAUAGCUCAGAGAAUGCCAGAUACAAGGUACCAGACAUGUAUUAUUAUUUAUGAUUACUAUAGGCACUGUUUCUACUCUUUGAUGGUACUCAAUGCUAGAAGUCAUUCAGUUCCGCAGUCCGCAAUGUGAAAGGGCUUCUGGGAUUAGAGUCUGAGAGUUGUCAUCCAUCUGCUUGAAUCUUCUAAGAGAUGUCCUGGUAGACUGUGAAACGACGAAAGAGCUUCUUUAGCAAUAGAAAAACGUUUUACAAGAGUUAGAAUUACUGGGCCAUCCAACUCCAUAAUAGCUUAAAUUGGACUAUUCUUGAUUAUUUUAGGAAAAAAAUAUUCAGUUUUCUAUAGUUUCAGGACUGAACUAGUGAAUAAGUUUCCUCUCCUAUAAUUCUUUGCCACCUUUUUUCUCUUUUUUUUUCUCAGAUAAUUUGAAAACUGACCAUUUGGCUGCUAUUUUAGGCCUUUUACUGUGGAUACCCUGGGAGCCGCAACAAUUCCUACGCGCAGUCAGGUUCCUUACGCUGCCUGGAUAUUGUUUUCUGUCUCAGCUCCUUAUAUACAUUGUGUUUUUCUAUUUGAAAAAAAAUAAAACAUUUUAAUAUGGAACAGGAUUAUGAUGGAUUUGAAGAGGAGGUGAAGAAACUCGUAUCAAUGGGCUUUGAAAAGGUUUUUUUUUUUUUUCUCCUCUUCAUGCAUUCAACGUCAUAGAUCCAAUAAUAAUAACUUAUUUUUUAUUUUUCUUUUAAAAAAUCCAAUAAUAAUAACUUCUUUGACAAUCUCAAGAAAAUUUGAUUCACGAACCCAUUAUCCUCUGUAAAUUGUUUUCCUUAGUUUUCUGGUACCAUUCAUAAGUAUGGUAGCUGGUUCUUUGGUUGAGUAAUGACGAGCAAGUGAAUGCGAUUGUGAGCUUCUGUUCUCGACUGCAGACCCAGGUGGAGGUUGCCCUUGCUGCUGCCGAUGGAGAUCCCAUGAUUGCCGUGGAGAUUCUAAUGAGUCAGCAGGCGCGUUGACUUGUGGGUGGUGCCCUCGCGUCUUCCCCCCAAUUUCUCUGUUCUCCAUCGGACGUCUGCAGGGUUUGAUUUCACUGAGUCAUAACUUGAGCAACUCAUCUGCCCUGAUCAACCUGUGCCGGAGGACCAUUGAUGUCAAGAAUCUACUGUCCAGAGAAGUUAGAGAGAGAGAGAGUUCAGGAACCUGUAGGGAGAGAGAAGAACAAUACGUGUAGUCAAACUUGUGUUAUCAUCAUCAUCAUCAUCAUCAUCACAUUCGAAAAUGAGAAAAUGAAAAUAGAACACCCUGGCUGAUAUCAUCUGCUCUACCUGGACCCUGUUUGGGUUACUCACCACAUGCAAUGCGGAUAUAUCAUACAUAUAUGUAGUAAUUAGCAAAGUAUGAUUCAUUAUAAUAUUAAUAUGAAGAGUAUGAAAUUGACUAUUUCAAGGAAGAAUUGGGGCUUAAAUGGCCCAGCAGAUAGGAGAUAGUUAUUGAGAACAUCAUCAGCUAACACAGACAACAGUACCAUGAGGAUUACUCAAACAAUUAAAGCCCUAUGCAGCCUUUCUCCUCCCGGAAUUACAUCAGAACAAGAAAAAUUUAACGAAAAAAAAUUCUAAGAGGGAUCAAGAGAUCCCACCGGCAUGAAGAUCACACAGAAAAGAAUAAAUCAUUUUCUACUUACAACCUAUGAAACUCCUCAUUUGCUCAUACCAUCUGGGCAGUGACCCCCCAAGUCCAUCAUCCUCUCCAGGGCUGCCAUUAAUUCCGCUUUUCCAAGUAUUUUUCAGAGAUUCUGGCUUAAUUUCCAUCUUAGGAAGCAGACAAGAUACAUGAUCAUAGUGGGGAAGUAAAAUCCGAAGAGUUUUAGCAUGGAAAGAAGUUCAUGGGGAUAA